GUGACUCCUGCCGCAUGUAGAGAGCGAGGACGCGACUGUUUACAAACAGCUCGUUUGUCCCGGCGUUUCAUGUCAGCCGAGCUUGUUCUGCGGGGGAAGUAUUCGGAGGAUGGACACUGAAAAGUCUCGGCCCUAUUUCUUUGGCGACAUCGGCUGCUGGGCGGAGCGAACAGAGGUGCACAAGGCAGCGUCGCUCGGUCAGGCCUCCCAACUGGAGGAGCUCAUUCAGGGCGGAGCCUCGGUCAACAUGGUGGCCGUGGAUUCCAUCACACCGCUGCACGAGGCGUGCCUCCACGGACAGGCCAAGUGCGUGCAGCUGCUGCUUGAGGCUGGAGCUCAGGUGGAUGCAAGGAAUGUGGAUGGAAGUACCCCGCUGUGCGAUGCCUGUUCAGCUGGUAGUUUGGAGUGUGUGAGGCUUUUGCUGCAGUACGGUGCCAAGGCGAACCCUGCCCUCACCUCCCGCACAGCCUCACCCCUGCACGAGGCCUGCAUGGGAGGAAACUCUGAGUGUGUGAAGCUGCUGAUUUCCAUGGGAGCUUGUCUCGAGGCGUAUGACCUUUACUACGGCACCCCGCUGCACGUGGCCUGUGCUAAUGAGCACACGCACUGUGUUAAAGAGCUGCUCAAUGCAGGCGCUAAAGUGAACGCCACCAGGCUGCACGAGACUCCGCUGCACCACGCUGCUAAAAGCAUGCGGGUGGAGACGAUCGAGAUGCUGGUGGAGUUUGGAGCCAACAUCUACGCUAGAGAUCAACACGAGAGGAGACCCGUGGACUACACCACGCCGGGCUCUCCCUCUGCAGCCUGCCUACAGUCUUAUGAGACUUCUCCUCUGAGUCUGCAGCAGCUCAGCAGGUUGGCAGUGAGGAGGAAGCUCGGCACCAGGGCUCUAAAUGUCAUAGGCCAGCUGGAAAUCCCUAAACUCAUCAUCAGCUACCUCUGCUAUCAGUGAGUGCCACCUGGAGGAGGAGCCCGACCAGUGCUCGAAGACGGACUGUGUUAAAUAUGAGAACAGCUGGCACGAGCACAAUGUCGUCUUUUCUUAUUUAAAUCAGCUUGAAAGUAACGAGUGCAGAGUGGAGACUGGAGCUGCUGCCUGAGACGCAUUUAGUUUAAGAACGCCGCCAUGCAAACACUGCAGCAGCUAUUGCAGUCAGCGUUUUCAGGCUUGGACCCUUGUCAGUCUGUGUGAUUGCAUUAGUGCUGCUGUAAGAUAAGAUGCACAGUUUUUAACUUUUUAAAGAAAGCAGAGUAACACUGAUUUUCACUUGGCAUGCUCUGUAACACACACACACACACACACACACACACACACACACACUGAACACAUGUUCUUUGUUUCUGUCUCGUUUGCUAGUUUAAAGACUAAGAUGUGUGUUGAAUGUGGACAAAAUAUGUGGAUGUUGACUCUGGUGAGUGUGAGGCUCUCUGAGAGGAAGCACAAAGCAUGAAGACACUGCUGCACUGCACAUCUUUGGGUAUGACCUCGAGUCAGGAGGAACGAGGGUGAUGUUGAUCCUGCAGCUACUCUGAGGACGAGCGCAGGAGAAAGUGACAAAGGCAACUUUAAAAUAAGCUCAGCGCUUCACUCUCUGCAUUUGAUACGUUUAGUCGACUUAAAGAACUCGCAGUGAUAACGGGGAGUCUGAACAGCGAGUGGAAACAUGACAGCAACUUUUAUAUCUGCUCAUGUUAACAUAACCGUUGACAGGCUCGUCUCCUCUGCAGUAGGUUCUGUUAUUAGAGACAGCGGCUCUCACACCUUUGCUUCCCUUUAGACUCUGUUUGACUUUGUUAGUUAGAUUAUGUGUGGGUGACUUGUUUGCCAGCGACUAGUCCUAAACAGACUGUCUACCACCAGAGAAGAGUGUGCUUCUAAUCCUGGGCAUGACUGUGUAAGGCUGUUUGUUUUUAACUGGAAACGAAGCUCAGGAAGACGAGGACGAGAUGUUGCUUUUGGAAGCAGAGGCAUCGUCAGCAGCUAAUGGUUUCUGGAUCAAACGCUGGAUUUGAUGGGACAGCGCAGCGCAGACUUAAACUCUCGCUGUCAGAGUAUGAAAUGAUGAAGUGGGGCAUGGUGUGCAAAUGAAAGAAAGUUUCUUAUAAGAGGAAUACCAAACAAGUCUGCUGUCAGAGCUGCAGCCUGAAACUCUGCAGAUGCUCCCUGUUGGUGCAGUUUUAAGGAGACGCUGAUCCUAGUCACCUAUUUAUAGCCUUGUGGCAUUUAUUCCAUUAAAUCUGCUUCAAGAGGCGAUGCAGGGAGCCCUGUCAGGUCUUAUGUUGGUAUGGUGUUAUGAAUUCCUUAAAGUCCUUUAUAUUGUUUCUUUUCCCCCUGUCUUCUAUUUUUGGCGGUUAAUAACUGUGAUUUAUCCGUGGAAAGGGAGUCAGGCCACAGGCGGGGGAAACUCGUCCACGUACAGACUCCUCUCUUUAUCAGUGUUACUGGAUUAUGGUCUGUAAAUACCUGCAGCACAUUCUUUAUAUAACAACACCAGCAUCUGACCUGUUUUACAGCAUCUCCCAUUUUUAUUCAUUUUAAUGUAUUUUUCCCAAAUUGGCCCACAUUUGUCUUAAUAAUCAGGCAAAGGUCUCAGGAACCUUGUUUAACAAUACUUCUGGCUUUGUUUGAGAUGGAUCUAAUAGCUGUUUAUAGCAGAGUGUAGUUAUUAAACAGUGCAGACAUGUGGUUUAUGAUGAAGUUGUCCUUGUUGUUUUUAACACCACUGAUGAAAAAUGAUUUGAAGUAUCUGAGAAAGAAAUUAUAUUCACAAACACAACUUUUACUGACUUGUGUUCAGGUGACAUCACUUACACAGAGAGUAGACGCACAUCUGUGAACUCAAACUGCUGCAGAAGUGCUUUAAAGCUGGAUUCUAUUGAAUGACCACUGGGUGGUGACGAGUGUCGUCUCACACUCUUUGCUCUCUGAUCUUAGUAAAACCUGUCAUGAUGACUGUAUGGGCUCAGGGACGUCUCUCAGUUUCACAGGCAGCUACACUCCUCUCUGUCACAUUCACUAGCAAACGGCGCCUUCAUGACUGGGUAACAAUGGUGGCUUCAUCCUUUAUAUCUUCUACACUUGCAACUGUUCCAUUUGAAAAUAACAGCAGCAGUAAGCCUGAGUCACACAGGUCGCUCUGCAAACUCCCGUUUACCAGGAAAAUGUGGAUCACACCCAGCUGGCGAGUAGUCGCUAGUGUUAGUUAGCAAAUGUUGGUAUUUUCCACCCAAACUACAAGGAGGUUCUUGGUGGAGCCUCCAUCACAAACCCAACAACCACCCGUGAGCUGGUUGGAGAAUUCACAUCUUUUAUUGAGCAGAAAUAACCAGACAGUCUCUGACCAGAUGACCUAAUGACUGCCCACAGGUACUGAAGCUGUCCUUAUGUGGCAAAUUCUCUGGAUGUGAUUGUGAUCAGAGCUUUCAUACUGAGGCCACUUUAGUUUAUGCUGUGUGUAAGGAGCAACUCCACCAUAUACAUCAGAUUGGCUCCUGUAAAGCCCCCUUUCACUAACAUUAAGAAUUUAUUAGACACAAAAUAAGCAGAAUUAUUGUAGUAAUACAUUUCCAUGUCACAGUGCUUCAUGUUAUAGCCUGAAAGUGAACCACAAGAACUCUCCUGCUUUUUUUCUCUCACGUCUGAUGAUAUGAAGGAUAAACUCUGUGCACGUGCAGCCUGCUGACAUCACCCUUCAGUGUUUUAACUUCUCCUCGCUUCCAUCUUCAGCUGCCAGCGGGCACAGUUACCUUGCAUAGCUUUAAAGAGCACGGGGCCGUCUGUCAGCACUCAUGGAGGUCAGCACCUGCUGUGUUGACUGUUGGUCUGACAGAUCUUCAGCAAGAAUUCAGAACCAAUAUUUCAUAGUUCAUGCCUUCAUCCAAAUCUCUCAGUUCACUCCCUCGUUUGGCUCUCACCCCAAACGUGAGCGGGCUUCACGAUGCUGGCCUGUUGUCAUAAAUACGCCAAGCUGUAAAAAGUUAAUCAAAAUCUAGAUUCCUAAAAACUUACCUUCCAUGUUAGGCUGUUAUUCAUUUGAAACAAAUGUUGCCGGGGUCAUUAUAAUGUUAGCCUGUAAAUGGUUUGGAAGCACAGCUGUUGUGGAGCGCUGCCUUUAAGAACAAAUCAAAUCCUCUGCUUAAGGCUGAAAGUUACUACUAUGAUAUGCACCUGGUUUCAAAGCACUGGGCUGCAGCAGGGGCUGAGAAGACCUGACACGAGGGCAGCGUCCAGUUAUUGAAGAUAAGAAGUGGCUCUCAGUCCAUAACAGAGCUUUGAAAUCAAAGCUUCCUAUCUGUGCAACAGUUUUUCAGACUGUAUUUCUUGGAUUGCACAGAUUGCAGUUCUCUCUCAUGUGCCAAGUUUGGAGCCUGAUCAAUAACACACAAUGUGUCCUCAGUGUCGAUGUUAUUAAACUGCUCUGCAUAUGAUGAAUAAACUUAAUAAAGUGCACUAAU